GUAAAGAGGGGUUUUCGACGCGUACGAUAGUUGCUUCGCUGUUUAGGAGCAUUGCUACAGACUGAAGUCAGGUAGUAAAUAGUAUAGUAGUACAACUUCACAGCGAAUUGGAUAUAUUUAUUUUCAAAUAACAUGCUCGAACUACAGAUAGCUGAGAAAAACAAAAGUGUGAAAAUGAGUAAUUCAACUAUUUCGGAUCAAUCACUAAUGGAUAAGUCAAUGCGAAGUGUCUUUGUCGGGAAUAUCCCGUACGAGGCUACUGAAGAAAAUCUGAAAGACAUUUUCAGCGAAGUGGGACCGGUACUUUCCUUCAAAUUGGUCUUCGACCGUGAGACAGGCAAACCUAAAGGAUAUGGCUUCUGUGAGUACAAAGACCAGGAAACGGCCUUGAGCGCUAUGAGAAAUUUGAACGGAUAUGAGAUCGGUGGAAGAACAUUGCGCGUGGACAAUGCGUGUACGGAGAAGAGUCGGAUGGAAAUGCAGAGCCUCCUACAGGGACAGAACACUGAGAAUCCUUAUGGAGAAGCUGUGCAGUCGGACAAAGCUCCGGAAGCAAUAAGCAAGGCCGUAGCGUCUCUGCCGCCGGAGCAAAUGUUCGAGCUGAUGAAGCAGAUGAAACUCUGCGUGCAAAAUAAUCCGAACGAGGCGCGUCAAAUGCUAUUACAGAAUCCGCAGUUGGCGUACGCUCUGCUUCAAGCACAAGUGGUCAUGAGGAUAGUGGACCCGCACACGGCAGUCAGCAUGUUGCACAAAGCUAAUCCUAUCCCGGGUGUAUUGGCACCAUCGGAGAAGUCAGUGCAGUCGGUCCAGCCACGAAUUGAGGAGCCGUGGGUUCCAGCACGAUCUGCACCAGCUGUCGCUGCUCCAGCACCCAUCUUCGCGGGUCAAGAUGUAGAUCUUCGAUUGGAUAGGCAGAUAGAUCCGCGCUUAGCAAGGAUGGAUCAAGACCUGAGGGGACCUCCUCAGACGCAACCCGCGCUCGUUAACGCACCGGUAAUACCGGCUCCCACUGACCCGAGAAGCUCUAAUGCGUUCAAUAUCGCAGACAACACUCUUCCUGGGGAAGGAGUCGAGAGCUUCUGUCGUGAUCCGAGAGCAGACAGAUUCGGCCGAGAUCCGAGGGAUCCCAGGGAUCCUAGGAUGCCCAUUGAUCCUAGGAUCACCAAAGCCACCCCAACUCCCGUCGCGCCGCCGAUCGUUCCAAGGCCGGUCGCAGCGCCAACGGUAUCGGCACCAAGCACCGUAACGGGCAGUACGACCGGCUCCGCAGCGGCACUUUCACAAUCCGCGAGUUCCGCGACUUCGAGACUGAUGGCCGGAAUGUCGUCGGCUGGCAAUAUUCCUAGUGGGGCAUCCGAUCAGGAAAAGGCGGCCUUGAUAAUGCAAGUGCUGCAGUUAUCAGACGAGCAGAUUGCAAUGCUUCCACCUGAGCAAAGACAAAGUAUCCUAGUGUUGAAGGAACAAAUUGCAAAGAGCACUCAGCGCUGAUGUUAAUGCAGUUUCAUAUUUUCAAGUAUUUAUGUUAAAUCGACGUCAGUCCCUGACGUUAAAAAUGUACUGUAACCAAUACACUUUUAUAAAAUGCGA